AGACCCUGCAGGCUUUAAGGAAGCUAAAAACAAAAAGAGAGAGAGCUGCAGACGAGGCUUCAACGCUGUUAUUGUCACUUCUUGUUAUUCUCUGCUGUGUUUCUGCUUCAAUAAACACCUCAGGCACUCCAGAUAACUAUGGCAGAUGGAGCAUCUGGGGCAGCUUUGUCUUAUAAUGAAGGACUUUCGGAGCAGGCACUGAUGUUUCUAAACGGCCCCGUGUCCACCAUCCUUUUACCUUCCUUCUACACACUGGUCUGCUCCAUCAGCGUGCCCAUUAACAUUUAUGCUCUGCUGGUCUUUGCUCGGAGGAUCCGUCCUAAGAAGCCAGCAGCAAUCUAUAUGGUGAACCUGGCCUUUGCCGAUCUGCUCUUUGCACUGAUGCUCCCCUUCAAGAUCUCCUACCACUUUGAAGGCAACAACUGGAAAUUUGGCUGGUUCAUGUGCCGUGUGGUCACUGCUGCCUUUUACUGGAACAUGUAUUGUUCUGUUCUUCUCAUAGCUUGCAUCAGUGUGGACCGGCUCCUUGCUAUAGUUUAUCCCAUUAACUCUCUGGCUUGGAGGAGUCCAAGGAACACAAUCAUAGCCUGUGUAACCAUGUGGGUAUUAUCCUUUGCUGGCUCAGUGCCCCUCAUCACCUUUGACCAGACUUUUCACCUCAGUGAGCUGAACAUCACCACCUGUCAUGAUGUUCACUUCUUAGAAAAGAUGACUUUUCUAAAGGUCUACUUCCUCACCCUCUGCUGCGUCCUCUUCUUCCUGCCUCUGCUCAUCACAGUCGUGUCCUACAUUCAAAUCAUCUGGACACUGAGCAGAGUCCAACAUGACACUCCAGCAACAUCACGCAGGAGAACAAGAGCAGUGUUGAUGGCUUUGAUUGUGCUGGUGAUAUUUGUGCUGUGCUUCAUGCCCACAAACUGUCUACUGUUUGCACACUACCUGCAAUUUAACGAGGGACUCAAAAAGAGCCGGGAGGCACCUGAUGGCUCCUACACACUCUAUCUGGUGUUCCUGUGUUUGGGAAGUCUGAACUGCCUCCUGGAUCCCCUGCUCUACUACUUUGGAUCAUCUCAAUGCCAGAAAUGACUGUCCAAUAUGCUGAAGUGUCAUAAGGCUACAAAGAGCAAUAAAAUCAGUCGUUUACUAUCUGAUUCAUGGAGAUUUAGCAAAAAUUCAACGUUGAAAUCCAGUCGUACACAAACAUCCAGAGUGGAUUCUUUCCAAGCAAAGCUCAGCAGCCAAAGUAAGUAACUACUGUUCUUACUGAGUGUCACACUGAGCAUUUUAACAUUUUAACCGAUUCUUAACUGUUAUUUUAAAGUUCUCCCUGAGCCUGGUUCUGCUGAAGGUUUCUUCCUGUUAAAAGGGAGUUUUUCCUUCCUUGUCAACCAGAAAAGGGUUCAAACAGACAUGAAAACAUCUAAUUCAUUAUUUAUUUUCAAAAAGCAAAUCCUAAAUUUUACAUAGUUAUGUGAUUGAAUGAAUGUAUUUUUUGUGUGUGUGUGUGUGUGUAUUUUCUUUUAUAUAUAAAAAGUAACUUGUAAAUGGAUGUAAAAUUUGAUUUAGGCAAAUAAACUUUUGCUUCUGUCUGUUUUGAUCUCACUUACUAAUUGUUAGAUGUGCAUUUAUGGUGGAACAUUUGUUUUUGUGUGACCGAAACCAAAAUAAAGUGAACUGAACUGAGCCAAGUACUUGCUCAUAGAGGGUUGUCUAAUUGUACUGUCUUUACCUCACAGUAUAAAGCACCUUGAGGCAAUUAUUGUUGUGAUUUGGUGAAAUAUAAAUAAAACUGAAUUAAAAACUGCCUAAUCAGAUUCACAAGAGGUCGUCACACAUGUGUAGUGAAGGGAGAAGUGUAAAUAAGCUGCACACUAGACAUACCAUAAAUAUAACAAUUUAAAUAGAUAUAUAGCAUCAAGUUGCAUAUUGCAGCAAUAGUCUUCAUAACAAGGUGAAAGUGUUGAAAUAACUCUGUACAGGAGACAGAAAUAAGACUGCAUAGUAGAGAGACAAUAAAAUCACAUGCUGAUGAUUUACUGGAAAAGAAUGUGUGUUUUGGUCUG